AGCGAGGCUGGAGGUGACCUUGUUUUGAUAUAAACCUUUCUGCUUUAUUAUGUAAAUCAAGUUGUUCUUAUGCUAACUAGUAUUUUCAAGGACAAUUUCCAUAAGAAAGCAAAGCAGUUUUGUAUCAAAACAAGGUCAACCUGAGCCUCACAUUCACUCGAAGGCUAGGGUACUAAGCCCACAACUGUAAAAUGGUCUAUUAUCUGUUGAUGCUGCCUUAGCGUCUAUCUUUUCCCAGAGAAAACAGACUGUGCUCUUUAAAGACUGGAACCAGCUAUGGGUAACCUCAAGUCAAAGAGUGCAUCCAUUCGCGAUCAAACUGUUAAACCUGGCAAGAGCAGUCAUGAUCAAUACAUCAAUAACCCACAAGAUAGGUAUGUGUCUCUCUGUAAAAAUAUAUUUCAGGUUUUUGGGCGCUUAAGAUGAUAACAUUACUUUGUUGAAGAUGAUGAUGGCGGUGUUGAUGAGAUGGUGUUGAUGAUAAUGACGACAAUGCUCUGAAAUCUUCCCACAAUAGAUAUAGAUUUAGCCGGGGCUAAAAGCGAGGCUCCCAUUGAUAAAUAUAUAAUUUAAAUCAAACAAGAAAAUUGUAUUCCACAAUUCAGUUGACUUUUGAGGGAAAGGUUUAGUGAUUUUAGAGAAAAAAUAAUUUGCAAACAGCCCAAGAUAGCCCAAUACGUACACCCCCAAAGUAGCAAUCAUCUUCGAUCACAUUUAAGAGCCAUAAUGGCUUUUGAUCAGCGUAGAUUAAUUAGGCCUGGAAAAAAAAAAUCAGGUCGAAUUUUUUGCGUUCGACAAAUUUACUUUACAAAAUCUUGCCAACAAAUCUCGGCGCGUGUAAACCAACCUUAAACAUCAUAUAUGAGGCGAAACAGUACUAUGAGGGACUGUUUUUAUCAUACAGACCUAGGGCAGAAUGCAGUAUUUCACAAUUUUGCAAUACAAAGUGCACUCAUUCAAUAUUCAGGACGAUUGAUCGAAGCACGCGUUUUCUUUUAGCUAAACAGUUGAAAAAAAUUCCAAAGUCACCUAGCAUAUAUGGCCAGCCAGUUCUCAGUUUUGCUGAGCGAGCUGUGGUCGUGUUUGAAUGAACAUUAUCAGAGUUACGCUUCAACAUAAUAAAGAAUUCAUUAUGAUUAUUUUUUAUUUAAUGGUUUUAUCGAUAUGUAAUCUUCAAAAAGUGUUUGAUACGUGGGGCAUUUUGAGUACCUACUGCAAGAGAUCAAUAUAUGUUCACUGAACGACUGAAAACAAACGGCACAGCGAUUAAAAUUACAAGAGAGACUACUAACAAUCAAUAAAAGAAAUAUAAUUCGGUGAAACAUAUACAGAGACAACAAUUUUCAUUCACGAAGACAAGUAUUAAAGUGUCUCUAAAAAUCCUGAGUCUUCAAGCUUAAAGCUUAAGUUUAUGUUUUAAGCCGGCUUCCAAGUGUUUGCUUCUUGUCAAAGAUGAACUCGAGGCAAUAAAAUCGCUCAAAGCUUUCUUUUACAGACAGAUUUAUGUAACAAUUAUUCCUCGAACCCGAAUGGGCUAUUGACUAUUGACUCCGAGGCCAUGAGGGCAAGAGGAAUAAUUUUUUUUAGUAAAAUCCAACUAGUUGGUCAAAAAUAUCGAGAAAAAAAAGAAAUUAGGUAGUUAAAAUUAGACUUUAAUCCUUUUUUGCCGCCAAAAAGCCUGCGCUACUAGGGAGCUAUAACAUAUAGCUUAGUAGUAAACUCAACCAAUCAGAACGCAGCAUUGAUAAUAGACCACUAGUUGGAUUUUACUAAAACUAAACAUUCUUUGGAACGUUUUCUUUCUAUUUUAUUCCGAGGUCAGUUUGAAAUAAAAAUUUUAAUUGUGCGACAGAAAUACACGACGUAUUUCAUAUGAGUGUAAAAAAAAAAAAAAAAAGAAUUGAGGCUGCGAUCAUUUGAAAACUAGUACCUCGUCAGCAGAUAACUUCAAAAAAGUACUUGACCUCAAUGGGUCGACACCUGAGCCCGCGAUACGGUCAAGUGAUACUAGUCAGCGGAUACCUGUUUUGACAGCUGUCAAUUGAUCACAACAUUGAUGUCCAAUAUGUGUGCAUUAUCAGUUUUCCAGUGCUCUCAAACUAGCUAGAAAGUAUGAGAUUGAACAUUGAUUGCGAUCUAGUAAAACAACUAGUCAGCGGACAGCUUCCAAAUAAAUCACUUCACCUCAAUGAAUUGACACGUGAGCCCGCGAUAUGGUCAUGUGAUACUGGUCAGUGGCUAUCCUGUUUUGACAGCUGUCAAUUAACCAUUUUGUUAAUGUUCAAUAUACAGGAUGUAGACUUACCAAGACACGCCUGAGACACCCCUCGCUCCCUUGUGAUAGUCUCCCCUACCCCACUCUUACAAUCUGUUUUCGCGUACGUACGUAAAUACUUGUAUUCUGGGUAGAACGUACGUACGUACGUACGCUCGGUCAAUCACGUGACAACCAAACGAAAAGAGGUUGACCAUAUUCCAUGAGUAUGCGGCUCUGUCCAACGCGCACUUCGCUCGCGUGGAAGCCCGGCUUAAAAAUGUCUCAUCCCUUUUAAGGGAUUCCGGAUUCCAGGUACCGGAUUCCAUUCUUUGUCAAUGGAACUUCCGAAUUCAAAUCGCAAGUGGGAUUCCGGAUUUCAGCUUCCAGAUUCCAGAUUCCGGAUUCCACAAGCCCAAUUUUCCCAGAUUCCGUAUGCCACAAGAAAAAAUUUCCUGGAUUCCGAAAUCAGGAUUCCCUUACAUGGGGCAAUUGAGGAAAACUGGAUAAAAAAAAUAAGGUUUAACUAACGCUUAGCGCUGGACAUACAAAGCCUUCGAGAAAUCCUCUCUUGCUUGUAAUUAAUAUUAUUACGCGACAUGACUGAAAAUCAGCUUGUCUAUGAAACGACCUUGUUCCCAGUGCUUUUCACUUAGAAAAUUGGACUGGCGGGAAAAGGCCCUGGUAAUCAGCUGGUCACGUCUCUCACAGUAACCCAAAAACAAUAGUGUGAUAUUAGCGAUGCAUAAAAUUUGAGAAACUGGAACGUGACAUGACGUCUGCCCUUUGCCUUUUGGAUCCUAUAAACGAGUAUAUUUUGUAAAGGAUUUUCAUUUGGACAUUUUUUAACAGACCAGGUAGUCGUUGGUUCAAAAUAAACGUUAACAUUUCCUCUCUCAGUUAUUUAGACUAGUAAAAAUAAGCUUACUACGGUACCAAACACUAUUCCAGAAAAGGCCGGUUCUCUAUUGUUUCUUUCUCAGGAGACGGACCUCGCAAACAGAAUAGCCAGUCUCUACUAAUAAAAUAUAAGUCAAAGCUAUACGGAUAUUCAUGACAAGGCAAAAUACGCGAGGGUUCUUGUGCAUGCUUCAUUUAUAUUAGUGAUUGAACACCAGCUAAAACUCUGUUCUCGGCGUAGAAAGACAUGACAAGGAACGAAUCCUUGUCCUUCCUGGCCGGUUUAAGUGGCAAAAAUUGUAGGUACUACGCCAAAUAACCAUCGGCUAAUCUGCAGUUCUUUAAUACGCGACGUGAAUAUUCAAGCUUAGCGACCGCGUUCGCGCAACAAUGCAGCACUUGCUAUGUGCAUGCUUCAUUUAGUGAAGGAGGACGAGAAUUUUCCGCCCUAGGAAAAAGGCAAAAUCUGGCCCCCGCUAUGCAGCUGAAUAGAAGAUACAGCUGAAGAUAUCGUAAAGUAAAAUUUAUGUGCGCGAUAUCUUUUUUUAUUAUUACUAUUAUUCUCAAAACUCAGGGGCACCCAACGAUGAUUUCCCCCUAAAUGCAUUGGAAACACAUUUAAGGCUGUCCAGAGUACUUUUAAUCGAAAAAUUCAUUCUAAACAGCGCUUACAUAAAUUUAGUCAGGAGGGCUAAAACCGAAGCUAAUGAUUUAUAGUUUGCUCAUACUAAAUAUAAAAUAUAUCGUGUAAUGCUAAGCGGAGAAGGCAACAAGACAGGGCCACUCAACGACUGUUUCCUCAAAUACUUUCAAUUGAAAACACUUCUGUAGCUAUUCAUAAAGUACUUUUAACACCAGCUAAAACUCUGUUCUUUUUUAGCUCCGCUAUAGGAUUCGUAUCUGUUCGGCGUAUUGAAAGACUAGGACCGUCAAAACCUGGUCGUUUGCCGACCAAGAAUCUUUCUUUUCAGAUAGACAGGGCAAUCGAUCGAUAGUAAUUUUUACCAGUGAGAGCAAAGAUGUAAGGGCUUUCAAAUGUCUCGCACAGGUUUGAUAGGUGGCCUAGCUGUAAUCCCUGGGUAAGCGUAAUAAUUUUAUCCCAUGGAUGUGGAGGUCUGUCUUACCACAGCAAUAUAAAAGAUCAGAAGAAAGGCUCAGCCGGUGCGUCCAUAAUUUAUUCACCAUUUCUCAGAAAUAUUUACCAUGGACACUUUUUUCUGCCGGCCAAAGCAAUCCAGUACCUUUUUGCACCCGUCCUGUUUGCAAUGCAAAUUUUACGUAAUGGUUUCAAAUAUCCUGAGACGAUUGUUACUGAAGACAUCGCGGUGGUGAUUUUGUUGUUCCAAACUAAUUCUACGGUAGUAAAAUUAACCACUCCAGAAAGUAUCAUAACAUACCAUAAUGCUCUUUGUUCGUUAUGCAAAAUUUUGCAUAAUCAUUGUCUUCAGUCUCUCUUGGGAAUUAAAAUGGCCCCAAGAGAAACUGAAAACAAUGCUUAUGCUAAAUUUUGGGGUGACAAACAAACAGCAUCAUGGUAUGUUAUGGUAUUUUCUGGAGUGGUCAAUUGGUAUCUCAAUUAAGGGCCUGUUUACAUGGAAGUGGGGGACCCCAGGUAGGUGAGACAACCCGCUUAGGUGGAGUAAAAAAAUAACUCCACGGGGUGCACGUUUUCAAGCUUAUUGAGUGGUCGCUAAGCACGUAAACAAGAAAAACGCUGGCAAACCUCGUGUUUUGGCGAUUAAUGCUCUUCUACACUCACGUGCUGCUCUUGCUGCAACCUUCAGUGCUGUGGCUUCCUAUUGCUACCUUUGGUAAUGAUGCAAAGUCACCGCCAAAAUGAAUUUUGCUCGAAUUUGAUGUAUUCCGAAUCCGACGACGGCUAGGAGGGUUACCCUACCUAUCGUGUAAACGUGAUCCAAGUAAAAUGAGAGAUUAUAUGGACAGGCGGGUUACCCCACCUAAGCGGGUUACGUCACCUACAUGGGGUCCCCCAACCCCAUGCAAACAGGUCCUUAAUAUUCAUAACACUUGAACUCUUCUAUGAAUGAUUUAUUUGCAUAUUUUCUGGCCACGUUGAUUUAACAGACACGUUGACCAGUCCGGAUUCAAGAUGCCUUGUAAGUAUACUCGAUUAGUCUAAGUUUACCUCCCUCUAAUUUUAAUGACUAAUUGGAAGUUAAAGGGGAUGUGUCACUGCUGUCUAAUCCAUUUGGUUAAUAUUGCUCAAUAUCGCGUCUACACACGGUUCGCAAACGAACACAACGUCAGUAAGGAAUUUACUUGUGAAUUUAAAUGACAAACUCACAGCUUCUUAGCAAACAAACAACUCCUCGGAAAGAUUAUGUCAAACGUUACAAAAAGAACUUUGAAAAAGUGUUGGGCUAACAACUUUUUAACAUUAAUAAUUUUGUUUUUUUAUUGUAUGUAGGAACUUGACGCAUGCUUUUGAAUUUGCGAUGGUCUAACAGUUUUACAAUUGUAAAUUAUGCCAGAUCAUCUUUCUUUAAUUAGUUUUAUUAUUCAUUCAAAUAUUUCCCUAAUUCUGAUUGGCUAAAAGCACACGCAUAAUUCAUCAUAACUAGUGACUGAUGACCAAAUUAGAAGAAUUUUGUGUUUAACGAGGAAAUGACGUCAAAAAUGCAGCCCGCUACAGGUUUUCUACAGGUUAAGCCACCGUUAAUCGAGAAGAACUGGGGACGAGGCUGAGUUGUUUUGGUUGUGAAAAAAAAAAAAAGAAAAUGGCGUACAUUUCACUCGUUUCAAGAGUAAGAACUACAUCUGGAACUAGGCGAAAUAAUAGCUUAAAACAUGGCAAAAACAGCAAGAAGACAACUCGGAGGGCGACAUCUGCUAUUUGGAGAAUACUUGCGGUGCUGGACAAACCUAAACGUACACUAUCGAAGAUGAGCUUAACAUCGAUGCAGGUAAGCAUGUUUUAGCUAUGUUUUUAAAGUAGGAAUUAUUGUGAAGGAAUAAUAAAGCAGGUCUCGGUGGAUAACACCCUCCUCGAUCUGCUUAAUUCUUCAUAUCCUACGAAAGCCGAAUUCAUUAAUUGCUAAGUAAAUUAUUACAGUUGCAAAUUAUUGCAUUUUUGCAAUUCAGCCCUUUGGCUGCUCGUUUUUAAGGUGAAUAAACUAUCUUUCUAUCUAUCUAUCUAUCUAUCUAUCUAUCUAUCUAUCUAUCUAUCUAUCUAUCUAUCUAUCUAUCUGUCCAUCUAUCUAUCUAUCUAUCUAUCCAUCCAUCUAUCUAUCUAUCUAUCUAUCUAUCUAUCUAUCUAUCUAUCUAUCUAUAUACUAUCUAUCGAUCGAUCGAUCGGUCUCUCUGUCUGUCUGUCUGUCUGUCUGUCUGUCUGUCCAACGGAUAAUCCGUCUCUAGCGCAAAAACGGCCAAUGGAACCUGACUCACUCAGUUUCCCAACCCUAAUCAUCUUCUAGUCAGGUCGCUUAACUCCAAUUUUUCGCGGAAACGUUACACAGCGGAUGCAAGCAUCAAAAUCACCAGAUUGUUUUCUUAAUUACUAUUAAACAUUUUUAUCCGUGGAUCCACGUGGAUUUUUGCGUGCAAUUUGAAUAAUUUCUCUCAAAACAAAAGCAUGUUCAAAGUCUCGGGCGCUGUUUCAGACGCCAUGUUGUUGUGGUGCUUUUAUGUUGGGACCAAAUGCAGUGCUUCUUAACCUGGUAUGUAUACAAUGUUACUUGUAGUUUUGCAGUUAAAGACAUUGUUGUUAUAUUUAGAAACCUAUAGAGGUCCAAGCUAUCAUAAAUUAUAGUGAAAUUUUCCUUAAAAGUACGGUGAAACGGGCAACAAAAAAGUGCAACUUGUUUUGUAAAAUUGGUGCUAAACGAGUUGAAUAGCAAUGUUGCACGUUUUACCACCUACGAAAAAAACCUUGCAACCUUAUUUGUUACAAGAUAGGCUCGAACGUCGGUGGUAAAACGCGAAACAUCUCUAUUCAACUCGUUUUGCAGCAAUGUUUCAAAACAAGUUGCACGUUUUUUUUGUUGCCCGUUUUACUGUAGCUUAAAUUCAGUUUUAAUUAACAGCCAACAUUGUAGCAUAUAUACAUUGCUAUAGAAAUUCCUUAUUUGUUUUAGCUUGUGACCGCAAAACAUGGAGCUAGACUGGAACCUAUGUGUUAUAUGCCAGACGAAACCUCAGAAGCUUUAAAAUGUCCUUUGGAAAACCCGGUAAAGAAAGGAAAUAGAAAAGACGCAUAUACGAAUUUUCUUAAUCACGUAAAGCAGUUUCAAGGUAUUGAUUCUUUAGCAGCUGCAAACUUGAAAGAGCAAAACUGAAAAGGAAACGCAGCAGUGAUUCGACAGAAACAAGCUCUCGCGGUAAGCGACAACGGUUGAACAGUGAAGUGUGUUUUUUGUGUGAGAAGCAAGGGAACUCGAGAAGAUGAUGGAGAUCUCCGCCACACUGUAAUUUUCAGGGAGUUAUAAUAACUCCUCUAGUGGGGCUAAUUUAACUCCUUACAGUGGAGUUAUUUUUCGUGGAGUUAUUUUAACUCCAAAAAGGAGUUUAAAGAACUCUUUUUCAGGAGUAAAAGUGACCACAGAUUUUGAGGAGUUAAAAUAACCCCAAAAAAGGAGUUAUCCUGUACCUAAAAUUUUUACUCCACUUUCAGAGUUAAAUUAACUCCAAAAAGAGUGAAAACAACCCCUGUAAGGAGUACAAGUAACCCCAUUUCGGAGUAAUUUUAACUCCACGACUGGGAGUAAAAAGAACUCUUUUUCAGGAGUAAAAAUGACCCCAAAUUCGGAGUUAAAUUAGGAGUUAAAAUAACCCCAAAAAAGGGGUUAUCCUGUACCUAAAAUUUUUACUCCAUUUUUGGAGUUAUAAUAACUCCCUAAAAAUUACGGUGUAUAUUAUAUAUGUAAAUUAUUUUUAUGAAAUGUCAUUUUUAUCAUAGAUAUUUUUCAUUAAAGAAAACCAGGGAGGAGCAGCGUGGAAGUCAACAGAAGUAAGUUUAUUAUUUAUUUUAUUUCUUGUUUUCUUUUUACUCGCUUUAGAAAGGACUUCCGGUUUUUUUUUUGUCCGAGGGGAACCGGUUCUAGUUUUGAAAGGUUCGAGUUUGCGCGGUAUCUUUCUCCUUUCAACGGCUCUCUUCGUGAAUGGAGAGGUUUUGAUCAGAGCGUGUGCGAAACGGGGACUAAUAUGAGCCGAGUUUGGCAAGAAAUUCUAUUUCCACGGUUUGCAAAGUGCCUGGGACAUCAUUAAGUCCGGGAAGGCUUAAAUGGGCGCUCGUUGCUCAAAGAACCGAGCUUCGGGCACAAUCCGAGAGACCAUCCGGUGGAUGGUGUAUAACGUCUCUGCCCAGCUCUGCACACCGUGAAGAAGUCUCCAGCAGGCAAUAAGGGGCAAAUUGGUUAGUUUGGACAUAAGAAAAGAGGGCCAACGAAGUAUUUGGCUGUGAUUUUUGCCUUGCUGGAGACUUAUAAAUUGUGUUGUUAUUGCCAGGAUGUAAUGUGUCCCGCACGAGUUGAACACGGAUUUCCCAGAAUGCACUGCGAGAAAGGUUAACAACAUGUUUAAUAUUUGACCAUUACAGUGAGACUGUUCUGUUGUUGUGUUUCAGUUUCUACGACGGAGGUGCUGAUCUUUGAAUAAGCGAGCAACAACGGUGAGUAGCAGGCUUUUUGCCAGGAAAGGUUAUGUUACAAAGUCGUGAAAGUGUAGUUGAAGUCAAAGUCUGUGGUUUCGUAUAGCGAAGGUUUAUUUUUGGUCAUGUGUCGAGCGACUCUGGAAAUUUACUGUGUCCAAAAAGAGCCGCCGUCCUACUGCACAGGCUGAAUUGUCGUUCAUUUUCAAUUUAUUGUUGGCAUUGCAAGCUAAAUGCUGAUCGGAUCGCGGAAGAGUAACUAUUUUUCCUCAAAGCAUGUUAAAGUUCCCGCGCUAUAGCACCGUCGCGACGACGAGCGCCGUUUAUGCUUGAUUGUCUGGAAUGUUCGGUACAAUGUUUUUAAUCUGCUUUAUGCACCGGUACGGGCGAUUAUAAAACCAUUGCGGGACGAAACUGAUCUAGGGAAAAUGAUGUAAAAGAGAUAUAUUACUUUUUAAACAUGUGUUGAGGAAUUUUCUUUAAACAAGGUUUUCCUUUUGUCCUUUUCUUUCAGAUGUGGCCGUUGGUUUUACUCGCCACCUCGGAGCUGGAAUAUUUACUCUCUGAAAUGUUUAUAUUAUCUGUGCUCUGCUGUGGUCAAACACGAAGAAAGCGAAGCGAAACGUCUUGUAAGAUAACGUUAAUUUAAAACUAUUUGCUUGACCAGUGUUUAGUCUUCGAAAAUCGCCUGUAUUGAAACUACAUCUCUGUAUUUCUCACCUCCUGACCCGUCUUUUGAAAUUCAAUCCUACGCUCAGUACGGCGAUGUAAUUGAUAUGUAACGCAACGUUAUUUGGUAUCCUGCCCAGCAGUCCCUCAAACGUUAACCCUCAACAAACCGUACUUCUUGUUUGUAACCUUUAUCCUUAUUUAACCCUAAGCCUUAGCUCAACUUUAGCUAUCCACCCUAACCAGCUUAACGUAACACCCUUUUCCUGACAAGGCGAACGUUUAACUCAGUGGAUCAACUCAUGUGUUAUGACCAUUGAAAUCAGUUGAGACUGCUCGUCUAACCCUAACCCUCCAACCUAACCCUAACCUCCAACUUAACCCUAACCUAUUCCUAACCCUAACCUCCAACCUAACCCUAACCUAUUCCUAACCCUAACCUCCAACCUAACCCUAACCUAUUCCUAACCCUAACCCCAACCUCGACCUAAUCUGAUUCUAACCCUAACCUAUCCCUAGUCCUUACCCUAACCUAACCCUAACCCCAACCUUAACCUUAACCCUAAAACCCUAACCCUAACUCUUCCUCCCCCUCCCCCCCUCCUGCUCUUACAUUUAGUAGUAUACAGUAAGGACUAAGUAAUAGGUGCUUUUUUCGAAGUUAGCCUCAAAAGGCUCUUAUAAAUUUUCUGUUUCUUGGAAAUUAAGCUGUUUAGGUUCUCAAACAUUCAAGGUUCUUAUUUUCUUAAGGAAAAAAGACUUUUUGUAAGAAUGUUGGAGGUUUUAAAUGUUUGUACAAAAUAUGCAUGUUGUUAUGUCUAAAUGACUGCAAUUUAAGCCAAUAGAAACUUUUUUUUUUUGCCAUUAGAAUGAUUAGUGGACUUUAAGAACUCCAUAGCGAUCUGUUUUAACAUUUCUACUUCAUCUGGUUCUUUCAAAAUCUUAGCCUGAAGAAUUCUGGUUCUUAUCUGUGCCUCUCCUCUGUGUCACUAACCUGACAUAAUAAUGAGUGACACGUGCAUGUUUCACUGUACAGUAUUUUUCAGAUGAAAUAAAAUACUGAUUUGGAUUGUUUUUGUUGUAUUGGGGGUAUUAGAGACUUAGUGAAAACUAUACACUGUAAUUUUCAGGGAGUUAUAAUAACUCCUCUAGUGGGGCUAAUUUAACUCCUUACAGUGGAGUUAUUUUUCGUGGAGUUAUUUUAACUCCAAAAAGGAGUUUAAAGAACUCUUUUUCAGGAGUAAAAGUGACCACAGAUUUUGAGGAGUUAAAAUAACCCCAAAAAAGGAGUUAUCCUGUACCUAAAAUUUUUACUCCACUUUCAGAGUUAAAUUAACUCCAAAAAGAGUGAAAACAACCCCUGUAAGGAGUACAAGUAACCCCAUUUCGGAGUAAUUUUAACUCCACGACUGGGAGUAAAAAGAACUCUUUUUCAGGAGUAAAAAUGACCCCAAAUUCGGAGUUAAAUUAGGAGUUAAAAUAACCCCAAAAAAGGGGUUAUCCUGUACCUAAAAUUUUUACUCCAUUUUUGGAGUUAUAAUAACUCCCUAAAAAUUACGGUGCAGGUGUCUACAUUUGAGACAGACGCAAAUAUAAGAACAAUAGUAACAGAGCUUAAUGAUUCCCGAAUACUUGUGAGAAUAAUUGGAGGAGAUCUUAUUGCGAUCGGAGCAAAGUAUCAUCUGAAAUGCUUGAUUUAAUUGAAAAACAGAUAUCGCAGUCACGUUAGAAAAUCAAACAAGGAUAAGCAAAAUAUUGAUGAAAACGUGUGUAACUCCCGCGUGUUUGUCAAGCUGGCAAGUUAUGUUAAAAAAGAAGUCAAUUCUGGAAAACCCCUGAUUAAAUUGUCGGAGCUGCACUCUUUAUAUGAAAGUCGCCUGGAGGAUCUAGGUAAUGCGAAAUCAGUAAACAAGACCAGGCUAAAGGAGCGCUUGUUGGAAUACUUCAAGGAAGCUCAAGAACAGUUCGACGGCAGGAACACUUUCCUAGUUUUCAAAGAAGGAAUGCGUAACAUGAUUCAAGACGCCUUAAAGAAAAGAGACUUCUCAGAAGACGCACUAAUUUUGGCCAGGGCUGCUUCUAUAAUAAGGAAAGACAUGUCGGUGUCAAGACACGUCACUGCCAUCAAGUCUCAAGACCCUCAUUUCCUUAAUUGUCAAUGGAUCCAACUUGAAAAACCAAGAGAAACAAGAGUCCCAAGCAUGCCUCACUAUUGGCCAGGCCAUAGUCUUUAACGCUAAGAAACGAUCAACUGCUGAUCCAGAGGCAAAACCAAGACAUUCGUUAGAGCGCGAGCCACCACUCCCUGUUUACAUUGGCUUGAACACACAUGGCCUGACCAGAAGUAAGCAUCUCAUCAAUCAGUUGCACCAGCUGGGAAUCUGCAUUUCCUACGAAAGGGUUUUACAGCUUGAAGAUUGGAUUGCAGGUCACUAGUAUCUCUAGCAUCAUAAGGAAGAUGGGGAACCCUUUCUUGGCCGAUUUUUCAGAUCUUGUGUCCUAGACAGUCGAGAUUGCGCUGAUGAAUCAGUCAUAGCAGCAUCGUACACCCUUGAAGACACAGGGAAGGGAUAAUACAGUAACUUUGUCAAAGAAGCACUGGAAGAACGAAAACGAUCUGUUCAUGAACCCAUUAAUUUAAACAAGCCAGCACUAUUCAGAAAACCCAGUCCAAAGAUUAAGUCGAAGCAAGGAAGGAGGAUUAAAGCUCUUGAAAAUAAUGUGUCUCUUUUUGGUCAGUUGUAUAUCUCAAUGCAGAGCCGUGAAGGGUAUUUGGAAGAAUUCUUUUGUCAUGAAGUCCAAUCCUUUCCUCCCUCAUUGUCAGAGUUCGGCAAACUUUAUUUGCCGGGUACAAAGUCUGAAUUUAUGAAAUGCCUUGAGCCACUACAUGAAUCUACGCCACCUGAAACAUUCAGCUGUAAAGUAUUAGAUGGUGCUGUCAUCGUACACUGCUUGUCCAUCGCUGGAAUUACAACAUUCAAAGAAUACACAGAGAAGGCUUUCAUCCCUCAUCUUCAGAGUCACCUACAAGGAACAGAGAGGUUGGACGUUGUAUGGGACACAUACAGACCGGAAAUUUUAAAGGAGUCGACUCGUCAGAAGAGAGGAAAGGGGGUCCGCAGAAAGGUAUCCGGAGAAACCAAGUUACCACGAAACUGGUCAGACUUUCUGCAUGAUUCAUCAAACAAGAAAGAGCUGUUUGACUUUCUAACCUAUAAAGUGGCAAACUUUGUCUUCCCCGAGGGAAGGGCCGUUUACAUCACUUCGGAAGAGUCAGUGCUAACGGUAUGCUCAUCCAGUUCCAUGCCAAACCGCAAUCAUGAAGAGGCCGGCGCAAGAAUUGUGGUUCAUGCACUACACGCACUUCAACAGGGAUUGACGACUGAGCAAGUUCGCACUGUGGACACUGAUGUUGUUGGUGUCCUUAUUGGUGUCUUUCACAAGCUGUUACUGUCACAGCCCAAGGCUGAUAUUUGUGUCGCUUUGGAGUCGGAAAGAACUACAGACUUUACAGCAUCAAUGCUCUGUCCACAAGCCUUGGCACAAAAAGGUUACAAGCACUACCAAUGCUUCACGCGUGAUUUCUGGAUGCGACACAACCUCUGCUUUUUGGGGAAAAGGGAAGAAGUCGUUCUGGCAAGCUUGGAUGGCGUUUGAAGAGGUUACAGACACUUUUGUCUACCUAGCUUCCAUCCUUUUGAGCCCCUUGAUUCCAACUGUGAGAAUUUUUGUAAGAUUGAGCGGCUGAUCGUCCUCGUCUAUGACAAAACGAGCACUUCACUUUCAAUCAACCAGACAAGGAGGGAACUGUUCUGUCUAAAGAACGUCACAAUGGAAAGGAUGCCACCGACGCAGAAUGCCCUCCUACAACACACGAAGAGGGCUGUCUACCAAGCUUUUAUCUGGGUUAUAAGUACCCAAGUACAGCAGAUGAUUCCUUCCCCAAGCGACUAUGGCUGAGAACAAGUAGACAAUGUGUGGAGCCCACUUUGGCUAACUGUUCCAGAACUUUCUACAGCCUGUCAAGAUUUAAUCAAGUGUACAUGCAAGGGAGACUGUUCCAACUGCAAAUGUGGCAAAGCGAACUUGAAGUGUUUCCCGCUUUGUAAUUGUAAUUGCAAUUGGUAUUGCAGCGCUCGCAGUCAACUGAGAUGAAAGGAGAUGAAACUUUAGAUGUUUAAAGUACAUACCGAUUUACAGUAACUGUCAGUCGUAUUUUUCAAAUCAGGAGUAGUUUUAGUAACUGAUCUAAGAGGAAAAAGGAGGCACUAAGAACGUUCUUCUUUAGUUGCCCAGUAACUAGUUUUCGAAAGUUCCUGGAUACUCCCCGCAAUUGCCAGGAAAAUAUUCUGUUUAACUGGAAUGCCUUAUUAAAACAACCUAUGACGAUCAUUUAAUUUCGAGAGCGUGUUAACUCAGAGUAAAAAAAGGGUAAUCAAGAUUUAUUGAACAAAACAUCAAUUGAUUUUUUGUCAUUAAUUUAAUAAUAUUUUUAUUAUUUAAAUCAUACCUACCCAACAAAAUUCUCUAGUUUGAUUGGCCUACGGAGGUGCUGAUUUGAGCUUAAUGAACAGUUUAAUAGAUCAGAAAGCGUCAUGCGUAAGUAAUCAAACAGUACGUGCCAUCUCGCCCACGCGCUCUUGAGUAGAUUCUUUUUAAACGUCAAGCAAAAGAACUCUCGAAAAAGUUAUAUUCUAAUGGUUGGAAAGGUUAAAGUUAUGAAACAUUUUGUUAUGGUUUUGAGUGAUUGGUGAACUAAGAUCUUCGUGUUGUCCAUGCCGGUCUGUAAUCGUAAUCAUGUUUUAAACUCGUAUGACUGAAGAGCGAAUUGGACUGCAGCACUCAGUCCUAUCAUCAUUUUUCAUUACUUUAACAAACACGGGUUAUAGUUGCAUUACAAGUGCGACGAAUUUAGGGUUGUUUAAAAUUUUAGUACUUAGCGCCGCCAUUUUGAAUUUAUGCAAAUUAACCUAAUUUUUCCACGCUCUUUUUGAUGAGAUAGAGAAAUAUUUUCGAUGGAUCCACGACUAAAUUUAAUUCUUACAUCGAAAAAAGAGUGCAUACAAAAAUUGGUGCUUGUAUCCGGCCAGUAACGAUACUGACGCUAAGCGACCUGACUAUUCAGAGUCAUUCCGGUUUCUUCCGGAUUCCGGAUCUUAGGCAAACCCUUUAAAAUUGUUAGGCUGACAAGUUUUAGUUCCAAAAACCGCAACUACAACCUGUUUUUGUCUUCUUUAAUUUGUUCAUCCUUGCCUUCUUUUGUUUUUGCUGUAUUAUUUACACUUUCAGUUUAAUGCUUUGAGCGAUCAUUUUAACUUAUGUUUUGACUCAUCUUGGUAGCAGCUCUCUUGACUACUGUUUGAAGUUUGAUUAAUUUCGUGACACAGAUCAUUUAAGCCUUAAGAAAACGUCUCUUAGUUCCUUGAGAUACGUUUUUAAAAAUUUUAUUUAUUUGCUUCUUACACACAUUACAUAAACAUAGAUACUGAAAUACAGAAGAAAUAUACACUUAAUAAAAAAGAAACAGAAUUAAUUAGCAAAUUAAAUUGAUAGUAAGGUUGCUAGACAUUCCUUUGGAUACUGGGAAAAAAUAUAUUGACAUAUGGAUUUUUGAAGGAUUUCAGGACGGAUAUGCCUCAGUAAAUUACGUGACCCGUAAAUAUCUGACUGGCGAAAAUUGCACACAGGUACUAAGCAACUACUGCGGGACUUGCCUAGUCCCUAGGUCUCAUUAUUCCGCGCGGCCAAAGCGUUCGGGUCACGUGGUCACCGAAGUGAAUUGACCGAUUGGGAAAACUCUGUACAGGGACCAAGCAAAUGUGGGACAUAACGGUGAACACAUAAUUCUCGGUUGCUAAACUUUUCAAAAAGGGAGUAUUACGUGCAUGGAGGCCGUUGUUGAGGCUUCAUAUACGCUGCAUUAUAUACAUGUAUUAAAGACUAAAUAUGCCUCCUUCUCAGGGAGAAACAUUGGGUAUGAAGUUUACAAAGGUAUUAUGGGAGAAGAGCUGUUCAAACAGAAGAUUGAAGAGUUUGAAAAGGUACAGUAUUUAGAAGGGAAUCCAAGACUGUCUUGGAUUCUGGAUUCCGGUUUCCAGGUACUGGGGUUCUGGAUUCUUUGUUCAAAAUUUGCUGGAUUAUUUCGGAUUCUGCAGGCAAAUUUCCACUUACAUGGGGCAAAAGAACUGUGGAGUAAUUUCAGUACGAAUUUAAAGCCCUAUAUUAAGGCAUGAAAAGUUGUAAUUGCGUACUGCAAACCCGAAAAAAAAAAAAUUCAAAAAGUUAAUGUUGCUACCGAAAGUUCUACAUAUUUUGAUAUAAAAGUCAGUUUAAAGCUCUAUUUUCUGUUCUUAACUAUAAUAAUUAUUAACAUCAGCCCAGAAAAAUAGCUUGAAGUAAGCUUUAAAGAGAUGCUUGCAAUUAUAGGGGAAAAUAAGGGUACUAAUUAAUUGUUCAUAAGGCAACAACUGCCUUUUUAGGCCUGCGAAACGUUGAAGAAUAAAUUCAAAAAAGACCUUGUGCAUGUAGGUCCUCCACCCUUCAUUUUGGAAAAGAAGCAAUUAUUUAAUGGAUGGGGAAUUGUAAAUUUCCCUGGCAUAUAUACACCUAAUUGCAUUAACGUUGUCCUAAAAAGUGAAAAAAGGACAAAGCCAAAUAGGAAUAGGCCAUUUCCGAGUUCCAAAAAAAUCUCACUUUCAAAGCGAGGGUAAGUGGGAGGCCAUUGAUAUGAAAAUGAUUUUUAAUUAUGAUGCAAAUAAAACUCAUUUUCACAACAAAGGUUUCGCAGUCAGCCUCGUUUUGAGAGUGAGAUUUUUUGGAACUCGGAAAUGGCCAUUAAUGAGGAUAAUCAAGCCACAUUCUUAGGGUGGAUUCAUUUGCAGCCGUUGCACUUCCCCGCUGGAACGUUUUUUUUUUUUUUUUUAACUGUUUUUCAGUUUUAAAACAAUAACAAAUUCCAACAGGCAAAUACGACGUCUAUGUGCGGAUGCUGCAAAUGAAUUCAUAAGGCUCAUUAGCCUAAUUAAUUCCUAUUUGGCUUUUCCCUGUUUCAUUUUUUCCAUGACAACGUUUUGCAAUUAGGUGCACACCUAAUUACACUAACGUUGCAUGAAAAAAGAAAACAGCCAAAUCAGAAUUAAUUAGCCAUGCAAAUUUCGUUUUGAUAUUUUGAUAAUCAUGAAAACACUUUUGCACUCAGUAAUACUACAGUUUGACAUCAAUUGUGUUGAGAGAGGGUAACUUGACCACUGUAAAGACGUUUUCUGCUUCAAUCUUUCCUCAGACCAGAUCUCUGAAUGUCGUGAACGUGCCAAACGUAUUGCUAUUCAUGUCUUUUUCUCAUUUUACUUUCUUAUUAUUUUUUCAUUUUCCUAUGACCAUGUUAUUGCAAUAGACCAGUUAAAAGUUAUCAAAAUUCAUAUCCGGCUCUAACUCUAAGGCUGAGGAGAAUAAAACAAAAGAAAUUAUUUUUUACUUACUCAUCCCUGAAUCUUGUAUAACGCGUUUUCUUUCGCAUUAUAUCCCUAAGCUUCGAGGCUAACCGCACCUAGCUUACAACCAAAAUUGUACAUAACCAUUGUUUCAAAUUUCUUCUGCGUAUCAUAGUCGCUCCAAGAGAAACCGACGUAAACGACGAGUAUUAUAGGUAAUGUGAAAAGCGUGAACGGCUUGCCAAUGUGAAUUCCCUAACUCGAAUAUUUUAAUCGCCCAUUAAUUACCGAUAGAAUCAGAAUCACAUUACAAGAGUACUGCGUCGAUGGGUUGAAUGGUGUGAAUUGCUCGAAUACGUUUUCAUGAGUUAAGCUUUAAACUCAGCGAAAUUGAAGCGGCGAGGUCGACCUUGGCAAGUUUGUGCAGUGACAGUUCAAAACCUCCUUACUAUGCUGUGGUUACGAAAAUAAUUGUAAGAGCUGUGAGUACUAUGAACUACUCAAUCAAAAGACAAUACCCAGAUUUCUUUAAAAAUAAAAAUAAAAUGAAGCAAAACAAACAAACAAAAAAAACAACAAAUGACGGUAAGGCAAAAACUCAUCACCCCCUUUGAAAAAGGAAAAAAGAGUAUGACAUACGUAAAAAGAGUAUGACAUGAGUCCCUGAAUUAUUUGAUAAUUGGGGGUAAGGUCACUGGAGGACGAAAUGUUAUCUUUUUUCUCUAAUAAUUUGGUUUCUGCUUGCCCUGAUUCUAGCCUCUUCCACCACCUGGACUUUUCGAUGCAGCAAGAAUCGCUUAUGAUACAAAUAAACUUAAGCUGCUGUUUGGCGCAAAAGCGAUGAUCAAGGGACAAAGGGGCACUCAUCCUGUUGGUGUCGGAAGCGAGGGCAUCGCCACAAUUGUCUCCAAUCCCAAGUUUCCGGCUUGUGAGUUCUUUACACCAGGACUUUCGUACCCAGUUUGCAUCCGUCACGCCACUAUCCAGUCAGUUGAUGACGUGAUGCUCGAUUUCUGCGGUGCGGCGCUGAGAUUUGUUGGAAGUGAGGAUGAAGAAAGCCCAUGUGAUCUUGUCAUGGGAACUGGACCGACUACUCCCCUGUGGAGCUCUAAAGCGAUCUUUGACGCUGUAAGAGCUAAAAUUUCAGGAGAUUUAAAAUCGUAUCAUCUGCUCAGCCCUGACAAGUAAGUAAAUGGCCAAAGUGAAAAACAGCAUGAUACUUAAAUUCCCGUUUGAGUGGUGCUUCAUUUAAGACAAACUUUUGUAAUAUCUUUUGUUUUUUGCACGACUUGUGCGUGCAAUGCACCAGCUCCUCGUAAAGCUGCACGUGCAGUUCGUGCAAAAAAACAGACCAACAAACAAACCCAAAUCACUAACAACAACAAAAAGGUAAUGCAAAAGCGAGGUUUACAUGAAGUACUACCUAAACUGCAGUUUAAAGAAAAUUACCGAAAAUCCUCUAUAAAGUCCCGAUAACGCCGCCCCCCUCCUUCCCCGCUCACGGGAGGUUUAAUAGAGACGUGGGGCGUAUUUAAUUUAGGAAAGACAGUGGUAUCAGUUUCCCAUAAAGAACUAGAAUAAAAAGUGGAAAGGCUCAAGUACAAGAAAUUGAGGGUCAUGCAGCCGAGGUUUAAAAACAAAUCUGAACUACCAGUUGGUGAAUAGACCAUCCCAGAUCAGUCCAUACGAACUUUUAUAGUUGUGACUGAUUAAUUUACAGUCUAUCAUUUAUUAUCAAAAACUGGAUCAUUGGAUAAUGCAAUUCUAGCAUUGUGAUUGGCUUAGCCGUUAUGGUAUAUGAACUAUUAUACCAUGCUCUCCAUACAUGGUCGGUGUACGCCUCACUUUAAAAUUGGAAGUCAGCUGAGAUUUUUUUUUUCGCGAAGGAUAGAACGGCGCCCGAGGCAAAUCGUUUUAAUUCAUUUUUUAGAAUACUAGGAAUGCAAUUUCAUCGAAGAAAAAAGACAAAAACAAACAAAAAAGCCACAAGAGCUUGUUUGAAAGUUUGUCGAAAAACACAUGAAAACACAUGGAACUAAAGUACCUUGACCAGCUACGAAAAAGGACAAGUGUUGUUUCUUCAUGAUCGCGAAGCCAUUCGCCGAUCGAGUCACUCGCCGAUAGAUAACUGUGGCAUGUUUAUCCGACAUCAAGAAUAUAAAUCACAAGUAACCAGCUACAAAUACAGGCUAUGCAGCCAUUCACUAGAGCAAUCGAGGCGGCAGUAUAGCUUCUUUUCUCGUUCAGCAAAAUAGGCUUGUGGCUUCAAACAACUUCGUAACAAACGACCGAGGUAAUAGUUUUUCUCCGUUGUUCUUGCUUUUAUAGCUGCACCGAAAAUCCACAUUCACAAUAAUUUCGACGGCUGUCACCUAAAAACUCUUUUCCUGCACAUUAUCUGCCAGGUUUUUUAGCUGUUCUGCUGUAUAAAAUCCUAGAAUCCCGAUGAGUUUUUAAAAAACUGAUGUUCAUCGCUACAAUGUUUUGAUUUUUUCAUUCAUGCAGUCCAGGCGAGUCUGUUCGCGCGUUGACAGUUUUGAUAGACGUGUGACAUGUGAAUAGCGGAAGUCCCUAGUCUUUUCCGGUUUGUUCUAGUCGGGGAGAUUCAACGAGAUUUUGUGGGCGUUUUUAAUAAGACGAUUAUUCCACUCGCGCUUGUUGGUUAUGAGAUGAUUAUAGCCAACUCGGCGCUACGCGCCUCGUUUGUUACCUAUCAUCUCAUAUCCAACGCGCUCUCAUGGAAUAAUUGUUAAAUAUUCUUAUAUUGUUUACUAUUCCGCCAUUCAGUUGGACUAAUAUUGUUAAGCUUCUCACAUUCUCAUCAAAAGGCAUUAAGAAAUAACACUACUUGUUUUUGUUAUCCGAUUGUAGCCUCGCUGCCAACAUCGGUGGUCUGCGCCUAAAACCUGACUCGUUUUACGAUCAGAGGUAUUAUACUGAGGUCAUACUAAAUUUCAAAGCCUUUGAUGGCAUUAAACGUUACGUGAGAUUUCGAAUGAUUCCAGCCGACGGAUCACCGGAGACGGGCUUAUUGUCUGAAGAAGUCCAAUGGCAUCCUUGGUAAGUUAAGGACAUCACCACACUAGCUUUGAUCAGAUUGUAAGAUGUAUAAUUUAAUUCUGAAGAUCAGAAAUCCCUUUUUAGCCUUUUUACUGGUUUACUUCACAUCGAAUAUCGACCAUUUACCUUAUUUGGAACUCGGGGAGGCAACAGCGACAGCAGCAAACUGGAACGGAACGAUAUCCUGAAUCCCAUACACAUCACUGAGGACGUUUUGCGAAAAUAAACGAAUCGAGAGAAAGCAGUCUUGUUUGCUACUCACACCACCUCUUAUCCAACGCGGGUUAAAGGAGUUAUCGCCAAUUAACAUUUUGCAGAUAUUUUUUUUCCUGGCGCAAGCAUUAUCUUUUAAAACUACUGGGUCUCACAGAGGUGAUAAUAGCCCACCUGUGCCAAUUUUCUGUCCCGCCUGAUUGUUGAGUUCAACUAAACAUGGCACUACUCCACGGUGAUGUGCACCCGAAAGCCAGUAUACCAACCAAGGCUACUUUAGAAUUGUGCGAAAGCAGGCGUAAACUUUAACUUUUUUUUCAAAACAGGGACUUCAACCAAAGGUUUCCAAAUGAGAACCUUCCUCCAGACUAUCUCAAGCGAGAGUAUAAAGAGCGUAUCGGCAAGGGUACUCUUGAGUACAAGCUUCAACUUCAACUCCACGAAGCUAAACCCGAAGACUCGCAUCUUAUACUUCAGGUUGGGAGGGAAUGGGAUGAAAGUACACAUCCGUGGCUGGAUCUGGCUGACAUCAAAAUGACGUCACUGUUGUCUCCAAAGGCAACAGAGCGUCUGAAAUUCACAUUUCGCAACCUUCCGCCUUCCAUUGAUUUAUUACCAGCCCAGUCUGUUGACGAUCCCAGUGUUGUUCUUCAUAUUCGAAAUGCGGUGUACGCUUGGUCUCAGAAGCUGCGCUCCAUGAGAUCAAAUAAAGUCAUCCCAGAUAACAUGGCCUCUUAUCUAAUCAGGGUAGAAACUGGAAGCCACUCAGGGGCGGGAACAGAUGCCACUAUAUCCAUCUCCCUGACAGGUAGGACAACUGUUUAACUUUAUUUGGGCCAAACAUUAUUUUGUGUGUUCGUCCUUGCUACACGUGAACCCUGAUGACCAUGAAAAAGCAGGUAUAAUAUGUUGUGUAUUUAUUUUGGGGGAGUAGUUCGAACAGAACCAGUCUUCAGGAAAAUAGUUGCAAAAAACGUUUGACCGGGUAAAGCCUGAAUGCAACAUUUCGAAGGCCAUGUAAUCCAGAGGAUCUAGAUAAAUUUUACACUUUGCUCACUAAGCCGCUGGGAAUUUUUAACUUAUUUAUAUUUUUUGGCUAAAGGAAAGCUUUAAUUCUAAAGCAGGUUAUGAGAAGUUGUCCUGUUUCUAUGGUCAUUUGAGCAUAAUUGUUUUUAUAAAAAUUUUCGACAUGUAGGAACCGGAGGGAAGACAGAUAUGAUUAAGUUAGACAACUGGGGCAAUGACUUUGAAAGUGGAGAUGUUGAUGAGUAUUCGGUGGAGGCCAUGGAUGUAGGCGAGGUACUCAUGGUCCAUCUUCACAAUGAUGGCGGUGGCUGGUGGUACAAGAAUCCUGAUUGGUUUGUAAACAGGAUCUCAGUCAUAAGUUCUACUCAGGAAGAUCCCUUUGAGUUUCCUUGCUAUCGCUGGGUAUUGUCGGAUUUAGUUGUAUUUGAAGGAAAAGGCGAGUAUAAGGAAAUCGUUGAUUUUAGCAUGAUAUAGGAAAGCUGUAUAAGGUGAUGCGCAACUAGAACAAUGCGUUAUUAGCUCUGCUCCAUUUGCAAAUUUCUGACAAUCACUACAUAACGCUUGGGAAUUGACCUGGCGAUGGUUUUGAUGCCAAAAUAAGACGGAGUGGCAUCGCGCUUAGCUGCUAUUCCAUAUGGAAACUGGGUUAUGCCUAAACCAUUUGGGAAGGUGACUGUGGGUAGCUGAUACCCAAAAUGACCCAAACGACAGUAAACUCAAAAGAAACAGCCAUUAAAAUAAAAGAGAAAUAGGCAGUGAGAAACUCAAAUAAUGGGUAAAACUGGUCAUAAAAUAUAUUUCGGAGUAUAUGUUUUUUAAAUAAGAGUAUUUUAAUAGAAAAAAGCGUUAUGGCUUAACACUAAGAAAACAAAACAAAACAAAAAAACCUCUCUAACGCCGACCCUCAAGGCCACUCAAAGUAACUGGCUCUUUUAUAUUUGUGUGAUUAAGACCAUUAACAUGAACUCUCUUUUAAACUCUUUAGCUAUCCUUCCUUUCGAAGAUCAACAAGAAUGCCUCAAAACUCAACGACACAUUGAACUGCAGCAACGCCAGGAAAGUUACAAAUGGGGAACCUUUCCAGGCUUCCAAGACCUUCCUGGACAACUGCAAGCCACCAAGCACUCUGAUAUCCCAAGAGAUUCACAAUUCUCACACGAGGCCAAAAGCUCAAUUGCUGACGAUAAAAAGAAGGCGGUGAUAGAUUUUGGUCUUUCUAACCUGGCUACUCUCUUCGAGACCUGGGAUAAUUUCGAUGACUUUCAAAAGAUCCUCAGCAGGCCCUACGGAGGAGUGCCAAAAGUUGUGGAAGGUGACCGUUGGAUGACGGACAGUGUCUACGGAUCGAUGUUCUUAAACGGUUGCAACCCGAACGCUCUCGAGCGCUGCGAGAAAUUGCCAAGUAAUUUUCCAGUUACAGACGCGUUAGUGAAAAGUGCACUGGAUCGUGGGCUAACAUUGGAGCAGGAAAUGAAGGUACAAAAUUGGAACAUCCCGUGAGGAGAACACUAAUUUUCAAUAAGAAACCAGUUCUUUUUUUGAUUUGGGCCGUUACUCGUGAAGAAAAGGUUACGAGUCAUUUCGCUUCAUGCGCCUCAUAAUUAUAUAUAUAACUUGGCAGGGUUCUUACCUAGGCUACUGAAAAAAAAAGUUACUUUUUCACGGUAUGUACUAUUAAGAAAAGUGGGGUUUAAAAAACCUUUUCGUGACCACAAUUAUUAGAGAAAUUUCUCAAUUCUAUGCCAUCUUCCGAUACUAGGAGGGCCACGUAUACAUUGUGGACUACAAAGAGCUGGAAGACAUAACUGAAUCCUGGGAAGAAGGUGAGACGAGCUACACUGCUCAUCCCCUAGGGCUCUUCUACGUUAACAGCUCUGGAGACCUGGUGCCUAUUGCCAUACAGUUGUUUCAGCAACCCAGUGAUACCAACCCAAUAUGGACCCAUGGCGAUUCACAAUAUGAUUGGCUGUUGGCGAAGAUGUGGCUUCGUUACGCUGACUUAAGAAUGCAACAGGUAGGCAGCUUUCUACAUUAAUCGAGGUCCUAAUGUUACAGCUAUUUAGUUUGGGAAAUGUCUAAGCGUUUCCUGUUUAAAUCACGGAGUGGUCAGCGCGUCGGAAUCGCAAUCCGACAGUCCCGGUUUCUGGCUACUUAAUGAAUUUUUUCUCGGUUGUCUCGAGUUCAAAUUCCUGACCACGCUUGUAAAUAGACAAAUAGUUGCCUCCUUCCAGUUGUGGUUUUUAACCCUGUUACGUUAUUUCAGUGGUGUGUUUGUAAACUAGCUGGAUAAGAUAAGUGACUUCCACUCUAACCAAACCUUCAACUCAACUUAACCUCUAUUACAACAGCCCUGUAACAGAGGAAAAUACAAUUUUUUUAAUGAGAAGAUCUUAUGCUAAUAACAAUUGGCCUUUUUUUGGAAUUCAGACCUAGUUUACACAUAUUUAGUUCGGAAGCUAUAUUAAAAAUUGUAAAAAACAGAAAUAGUUAUUUUGGUUUAUUAUCAUUUUCACGAAUGGCGUCUUUACUUUUUGGGCCGGGCAAAGGGAUGGCCGAAUCAGUUAUUUUAUUAAGCAGCUACCAAAAAAAUCUUACGGAGUUUGCGUUGUUAACAAGAUUAUUAUCACAAAUGGACGCCAUCUUGGAUUAGAAUGUUACGGCUUUUAUAAUUCCAGAAUUGCCACGUAUACGCAAGAAAAAAAAUUAUAAUUUGCAUAUUAUUUUUAUAUAUAUUUUCAUUUUUCCUAAAGGUCAACACUCAUAUACUCAAGACUCAUUUCGUCAUGGAACCGUUUGCGGUGGCCGCUUGGCGCCAUUUGCCCUCAGUUCAUCCUGUCUUUAAAAUUCUCUUCCCUCAUCUUCGAUCUGUGAUGGCCAUUAACAAUUUCGUCAGACAUGACUUUGUUACCAGGCCAGGCGUGCUACAGCUUUUGAAGAAGAGCUACAAGAAAUUCAAGUUUAGCAUGCUUUCACUACCAGAAGUGAUUUCCAAGAAUGGCGUGGAAGAUGCUACAAAAUUGCCCGGGUAUUUUUACAGGUAAAUACAGCUCAGAAAUACCCUUAUUUCAGAAAUACCCUAAAACAAAGAUUUAGAUAAUAAGCGGCCAGGGAUAAGCAGCUCUUGCACCGACACUGAAUCCAUCGAAGCAGCCCAAGAAGGUGGCGCCUACAUAACAAUAAAGGAAUGCUAGAGUCUCAUACGAAGACUUACAGCUAUUGAAAAUAAUAGUAAAAGCCGCGAAGAACGAAUUCUUAACCUGGAAGCUAGAAUAGAUGAAGUCAAAACUCCGUGAAGUCAAAAAGACAGUGGACAAGACCAGAGAUUCCCUUGAGUCCACCAAAAGUGAACAUUAUGACCUUGUAGAACGCGUUGCGAACUGCGAAAACGAGUGGUCCACUUGUUGGGAAUCAACGAGCUCAGAGACGAAGAUUGCUUCUAGCUGGUACGCGACGUCUCAACUUUAAAAUUUAAGCCUGCCAGGGGGAGAAGUCUCGAAUGUGAAGCUUUGCGGCGCACCCCGUCUUGACAAGCCAAACAGAAGCAGAGCCUGACCUUUCUUCGCUCGCUUUACGUCGUGCUCACAGAGAUCGCGUUCGGGGGGGUGCUAGAGGCUGAAAAACUCUUAAAUUUCAAUGGGUGAAGACCUACCGAAGCACAUGCAAGGAAGCUGGAAAAAAGUCCCUGUCUCUUAUAAUGAAGAAGAUAAAACAGGUUAACGCCAAGCCAUAAAGCAACCGCCGUAGGGGAUAAGUUAGUCGUCGAUGGGAAAAUUUCUUUUCAUCGCGAAAAAUAUGACUCCCCGUUAAAUCUUCGGAAACGCCCUGGUGGAUUCUGGCAAAUGGUAUAACCGAACAUCAAGAAUUACUGCCAAGUAAGGAAGAAUCCUUUGAUGUUAUGGUCCAAUCUCAAGAACUGCUUAGUCAAAGCGAAUAGGUGACCCUUUUUCUGUUAGUCCAAUUCAUUCAUACAACUUCUAAAACUAACUCUUAUUUUAAAACAGUUUUAUUUUCCUCCGUGUUUUCUUUCCUUUUUUAAUCAAGCUCAAAUUUCACGUUUCCAUUGAGGACCUUUGCCAUAACAUAUAGAAUUUUCUGUUUUCAUGCUUCCCUCAAGGGUAACCAAAUUUACACCUUUAGUGUCAAAUAUACCAAAUAUACAGUGGAUAGUGUUUUUCGCGCACUCUGAUUAACUAACCAAACUCCGAAUAUCUAGUGCUAUUCACUGGUUCACCUCUAGCUCCUUCGAGCGAGCGACGCCAAACUCGAGUAAUAUAAAUCGCGAGCAAAAUGACUUCCCGGUUCGCUGUCGUAUGAAACAAUUCUGCAAAUAAUCAAAUAAGUGUUGCCCGAAAAAUUAAAUAACAAAGAAGGUGACGAAAUUUGGUUUGGAAGUUUUAACUUGUUUGACUUGAAUUUAUCGAUGAAAUCGGUGAAAAAGUUUUUCGUUUAAAAAUGCAAAUUAUGUCUUGUGUUGCUUUCUUGUCUACAAGAAACAGUAGGCCAUUUUUUUUUUUGGCCUCCGAAAAACUUGAAAGUAGAACAUUCAACACAGCUGCAAUAUAGUUAGAAUUCUCCGUGUAGUUAUAGCUGCCAUUAUUAUUAUUAUACUUACAAUAAUAAACGUUAUUUUCUUUUUUUCCUCUUUACCUUAAUCAACAUAAUAAUUUACGUAAUCAAUAUUGCAAUCGGCAAUGUCAGUACUCAUGGAAAUGCCAAUAAAUAAAUGUUGUCGUCACAUAUUCAUAAAUAAGCUUAACCCAUUCGCCCCUGGAGAUUUAGCCGAAGAACGCGUUUUGAAGCUAGUCGAGCGGUUUUCUGGUCACUGUCGUGCUAUGAAGAGCUAAAACUUACCACAAAGCCAUCCACGGGUCGUACACUUCGCGGCCUUCUGAUCAAAGUUCGGGUAUGGGUUUAAAGUGACACAGCAGUCUUGAUUUCUACUUUUCGCUUUUUUUGCCUCAAUUUUUUUCUCUCCUGCUGGGCAUUUAGCAGGCUUCAUUUGGUGGGAAAAGUUUUUAGGAAAGCUUUUAGGAUCUUAGGAUUAGACGAAAGGAAAGGUGUUGGUAAUAGAACAAGACUUUCAUGGAAACUUUAAGGUCAAUGUUACAUAGUUUUUUAUCUUUUUCUCUGGUGUUUUUGACUGAAUUGUGCUAAUUCUGGCUUUGUUUGAAGAUCUCUUCACUCUGCACAAGUUAGCGGACAAAGUUAUCUUGACAAUCAAAACUGAUGACUUCACAAGCAGUAGAAAGAACGUGGAUCCACAUGGGCGGUUACGGGCGGCUCAGGGGCGAAUGUGUUAAUCAAAAAACCUAUAAAUCGUCUUUGCCGAUUUUUCACCGGAUUUUGCAUCAAAUAGCCAGAUUCGGCCGUUUUUUAAUGCUGAGAAGAAGAUUUUUCUCAAAAUGCUCGGUACCUUGCUUAAAACUAAAUUUAAUAGGCUUUUUUUUUUUUUUAACAGAAUGGUUUCAAAUACUCAAAAGAAUUCACAACUUUUUUGGAACAAAUUUUUCUCGCAAGGUUUUAUUUGUCGGCAAGAAAACGCGACGGCCGUUCUGGACGGUUUCCUGGACUUUGACAGUUUUCUCAGUACUGCGGCCUUAUUAACACAGUUGAUAUUCUCUGUGGGCAGAGGGGAGAAAAGAAGUAAGUCCAAUCAGAAUCGUAAACGAAGUUCGCUCGAAAGUUCGUUUCGCUCCGAGUUGCUUUUUCGCGAUCACAGUCGUUCCAUGAGACAAUUUGCACUAGUGAAACAGGAGCGUUUUUGUGUUACGAAAGUUUUUAAAGAAAAAUGUUGUAGAGAGCUUGCAAAACAAAACUAUAAAUAAACUGCGUAAAUACCUUACGCGCGCACUUUCACUGAAGUAUUCUGCACAUGUCACAGAACACAAGUGCCUUCAGGUUGUCUUUUUGGCCAAAUCAAUAUUACACUGUACUUAUAUCGUCUACAUCAAAUGUGGAGCAUUCAUGUGCCUAAUAACAAGCAAGUAUUAUUUCUUAUCAACAGAGAUGAUGCUCUUCGCCUCUGGAAAGCGGUAUCAACAUUCAUGAAAGAAGUCAUCUCCACUUACUACGGGUCAGAUGGCGAAGUUGCCAAAGACACGGAGCUGCAAGCCUGGUUGAGAGAUUUACAGGAAAAUGGCUUUCCUGUUGGGGAAGGUGGAAAUGAUCACGAGCUUCCAAAGAGCCUUGCGACCGUCGACCAGCUCAUUCACGUGCUUACCUGCAUAGCAUUCACUUGCUCGUGCCAGCACGCCGCAGUGAACUUUGGACUCAUGGAUGUUGCAGGUUUUAUCCCCAACACUCCUCAUCUGAUGCGUCGCCCGCCUCCAACCAAGAAAAACGAAGCUUCUCUGAAGUCCAUCAUGGAGACGCUUCCAAACAAGUCUCAGGCUGCCCAUCAAAUUGCUUUCUUGUAUGUGACAACUAAAUUUGCCGAGGACGAGGUGAGCAUAUGUGUCAACUGGAUUUCCAUGAGAUGGCUCAUCAGAAAGUAAUUUCCAACUUAUGACACUUGCUUUUGAACAAAAGAGAAAGAAAGACAAAAAACGCCGUAUAUUGAAAUAAACCUAUCGUAAACCUAUCCAUCCCUCCUUUUAAAUCUGCUCUGCGCUGCAUAAUUAUAGUUCUUCGUCCAUGUAUUUGGCCAGCUUAAUUGUAACUUUAUUAACAAUACAAAAUUUUUAUACCGACUAACGAUUGCAAAUCCAUGCAGCAAAAAAAUGACACCAUCGCAAAAUGGUUGAUUUUUUUUUUUUCAAUGUUCUUUUCUUUUUUUCUUUUAGCGUUUCCUUGGUGAUGCCACGCACAGUCUUUUAACGGGCGAUAAAGCAGAGGAAGCAAUUUGUCGCUUCCAGGCUUCUCUUCAGAAAAUAUCUGAUGCGAUCAAGGCUCGAAACGAAUCCUUGGAGUUGCCUUAUAUAAAUCUGUUACCUGAGCGAAUUCCAGACAGUAUUGCUAUCUAAAAAAAAGAAAGGCCUUGGUGGUCUCAUUUUUCUAUAAAAACGGCUGAAAUUAACGCAAUUUCGCGAUAGAAUGAUGUGUCUCACCUUAAUUGAAAAGACUAAUAAUUUCAGACGAUAAAAAACUAGAAGGCUAAGAGGUUAGUUUCAGCUUUAGGUGGCUGAACACAGUUUUGGCAGUUUGUCAUUUGCCAAAUCAUGGAAAGAAAACGGUUGCAGCUCACAAGCUGAAACUUGGCAAGUGAAAAAUAUACUGAUGAAAAAUUUUGAUUGACAGGUAAAAUUUGACGUUUUCGUAGUUUCCAUGGCAACAUGAACAACUGAAUACAACUUUAAAAUUUUGCUUUUGCUCAGUUUACAUCAAAUUUGCUCAUACGAUUUUUCCAUAAACUUGCACACAACUUACCAUAAUUAAUCGUUACCAUUUGAAACUAAUUUGACCAAAUUCUAACAGACGGUUUUUUAGAUAAUCAAUAAUAUAAUUGUACUGUAUUUAUUAAAUGUGUCGCAAAAUUCAUCAGUUCAAUUUCCAUUUUAAAGUUCUCAUUAUUUAAAAUACUACAUAAGUAAAAAUUCUGCCAAAUAUCACAAAAUUUUAAUGAGUAGAUUUUGAUCGAGAUAUCGUCUUCUGUGUACCAUUGCUUUUUCGCCGCCAUGUUUGUUUGUCUAAUUUAAAACACGCGCCGUCAAGCGAGUUACCGCUGACCGCCCGCAAAACUGUGUUCAGCCACCUUAAAUGAUAUUUUUUACCACUGAAUAAUCAGGCAGAUUAAGGAAAAUCUGACAAAAGUUAAUCCCUUAUGAGUAUUAAGCACUAAUGAUUGUUUGAUAAAUGGUCAUGUGAAGAUAAAAUACAGCCUAUCGGUAUAAAACAAUUUGCAUUUUUGAUGACCAAUUUGCGCAUUGUGGGAUGGAUGGCUUUCUUGCAUCGUGCCGCCGAGGCCGAAGAACCAUUUAAACACAGGCUCAGCGUGUGGUUAACGUUGGGUACAGUAUAUAGUUACUUUGUAAUUUUUGUUUACCAAACCUGUUGAUAUGGGCC